UGUUCUGAAUGUACCUGUGUACACCCAGAAAUCUCCUGAGACGAAACAAAAUGCAUUAAAGAAAGCAGUCUGCACUUGGCCUAUCUCUUCAGGUGCAGUAGGAGAAAUGUCACUGCCAGGCCUUCCACCUGCAUCUGAUGCUGCCAAGAUCAUCGCUGAUCAGGAUGACUCACAAACUUUACUUCAGGAGUCUGGUAAACAGACCUUGGAGCAGGCCAUUGCCAAAGCCAGAGAAGAAGUUGACAGGUUUGAUAAUAUAGUGCUCAAUAUUGCUAUAUCAGGGGAGAGUGGAGCAGGAAAGUCCUCUUUUGUGAAUGCCAUUAGAGGUCUUAAAGAUAUUGAUGAUGGAGCUGCCUGUACUGGAGUGGUACAAACCACCAGAGGUUACUCUCCUUACCCCCACCCAACCAUGCCAAACGUCACUCUCUGGGACCUGCCAGGGACCGGGGAGCCUGGAUUCAAAGCAAACACUUAUUUGAAAAAUGUAAAUUUCCAAAAAUAUGACUUCUUCAUCAUAGUGAGUGCCACAAGAUUCAGGGAGAAUGACAUCAUGCUGGCAAAGGAAAUUCAGAAAAAGAAAAAGAAUUUCUACUUUGUUCGCUCAAAGAUUGACAUUGAUGUACAAGAAGAAGCACAGAAGGGAGUAACAGAGGGGCAGACUCUACAGGCAAUACAGAGGGACUGUGAGAAAAAUCUCAGGGAAAUUAAAUCUCCUCAUGUCUUCCUCAUUUCAUCCCGAGACCUAAACAGGUUUGACUUCCAGAAACUCAUAGAGACUCUGGAGACAGAUCUUCCUGAAAACAAGAGACAAGCUUUUGUUUUGAGUCUACCUGUGUAUUCCCAGCAGUCUCUUGAGAAGAAAUACAAGACAUUCAAGAAAUCAGUCUGGGCUUUGGCCAUAGGUUCAGGUGCAGUAGGAGGAAUCCCAGUGCCAGGUCUCUCACCUGCUUUUGAUGUUGCUGUGGUAGUGUCUUUCCUAAUGAAAUGCUACUAUUCAUUUGGACUAGAUGAUAAAUCCCUUACCAAGCUGUCUGAGCGAGUAAACAAACCAAUACUGGACAUGGUAAAGGAAUCAUCACUUGUCAUGGCAAUUGGUUCAAACUCAUUUCUUUCAACAAAAAUGGCAGCAAGACUUGGCGCAGCAGGUGCUAUAGAGACUGCGUGCACCUUUGUGCCUGUUGCUGGUAAUAUAGCAGCAGCUGGAAUAUCUUUUGCUGUCACACGAUCUGUGCUCCAUGAGGGGUUGGAUGAAUUGUAUAGAGUAGCCCAACAGGUGCUUCACAUGGCAGAGCUGGAAUAGUGUACCCC